AUGUGCGGGGGCGGGGCUUCGCCGCUGGUCCGCACCUUCAGGCCCGUGGGCGUGGUCUGGGUGUCUAAGCCAAUGAGAGUGUGGACGCGGGGCCUGAAUAGGAGCAGGAAACGGCGGCCGCCGAGGGGGGUCUCUGCCCGCCUGCCUUCAUGCUGCCCCUGCGCCUGCGCCGGCUGUGGCCCCACAGCCCUCCCACUCGGUUCUUCGCAGCGGCCGCCCGGCAGCGGUCUGGCCCCAGUAACUACUAUGAACUGUUGGGGGUGCAUCCUGGUGCCAGCGCUGAAGAAGUUAAACGAGCUUUCUUCUCCAAGUCCAAAGAGGAUAGGUCAUGGGAAGGGAGAUGAGGGGAGUCCUGCCCCACCCCAGCUGCACCCUGACCGGGACCCCAGGAACCCAGCCCUGCACAACCGCUUUGUGGAGCUGAGUGAAGCAUACCAAGUGCUGAGCCAUGAGCAGAGCCGCCGCAGCUAUGACCACCAGCUCCGCUCGGCAGCUUCCCCAAAGUGUCCAGGAACCACAGCCCAUCCCAGGUCUGCUCAUCAGGCACACAGCAGCUCCUGGGCACCCCCCAAUGCAAAAUACUGGGCCCAGUUUCAUGAAGUGAGGCCUCAGGGACCAGAGUCAAGGCAGCAGCAGCACAAGCACAACCGGCGGGUGCUGGGGUGCUGCCUCCUCAUCAUGCUGGCAGGCAUGGGCCUGCACUAUGUUGCCUUCAGGAAGCUGGAACAGAUGCAUCGUAGCUUCAUGGAUGAAAAGGAUCGGAUCAUCACAGCCAUCUACAAUGACACUCGGGCCCGGGCCAGGGCCAACAGAGCCAGGCCCCUGGAGCAACGGCAGGGGCAGCAGCUGCAGCCACCACCCAGGCCUCCUCAAGGCCCCGGGAUCGUGCCCCCCCGCCCCAGCCCCUGAGCGGCUCACCUUGGAGAGCUCACCUUGGAUGGGGCCUGCGGUGUGCUCCCUUCUGGGACACCCCACUCCCCAAAACGCGUGCAAUAAAGUGAUUCUCAGA